AUGUUUCAUCUUUUGCUGCUCUUAGGGUUCUGCAGUACUGGGAUCUGUUUUUCUCGUCAGUAUCACUUCAUUAAAGAGAAUAAAACUUGGGCUGAAGCACAGAGAUACUGCAGAGAGAAUUAUGUUGACUUAGCCAGUAUUGAUAAUGCUAAAGAAGAGCUGGAUCUUAUUAAAAUGACAGAUAUCAGGAAUAGCACAAAAACCUGGAUAGGACUAUAUGAUGAUCUGAACAGCUGGAAAUGGUCUCUGGAUGAUGAUUCUUUCUACAAAGAUGGAGAGAAAAGCUUUAGAAACUGGUAUAUAAUGAAACCAAGCAACUGGAAUGGAAAAAGUUUGUGUGCAUCAAUGGGGGGUUAUAAUGGAGUAUGGCAGGCGGUGUAUUGCUCUACGACCCUUCAAUUCAUUUGCUUUGAUGGUGAAAUAAAUGGCAGUGAAAGAUACGUCCUAGUUAAUGAGCUCAUGACCUGGACUGAAGCUCAAAGAUACUGCAGAGAACAUCACACUGAUCUGGCCAGUGUAAGAAGUGAAGCUGAGGACCAGAAGAUAAGACUGUUAUAUAAUACUUAUAAUUUCUAUAACUCUCUUUGGAUCGGCCUGUACAGAACCAGGUCUUGGUCGGAUAGAAGCAACUCUUCUUUCAGCUACUGGAAACCUGGACAGCCAGAUAAUUAUGAUCAGAAUGAAUACUGUACUGCUGUGUCUUUUAAUAUUACCGAUUCUGGGAAAUGGACAGAUGAAAACUGCAAUCAAACGAUUCCAUUCUUCUGCUAUAGAACAAUGUCAUCAACAUCCUCCCGUGUGUAUUAUUUCGUUACCAAGAAUAAGACCUGGACUGAAGCACAGAUGUACUGCCGAGAGAAUUACACUGACCUGGCUACCAUUGAGAACAUGGGAGAAAUGAACAAGCUCCUUAAUGCAGUAAAUAAUAGCUACUCAGGUUUGGCCUGGAUUGGAUUAUAUGAUGAUCCGGACAGCUGGAGAUGGUCUUUGGAUGAUGAGGGCUUCUACAGUGAAGGAGAAAUGAUGUUCACUGGGUGGUACCAUGAACCUAAUAACUACAACGGAAAAGAGCUGUGUGUGUUUAUUCUUUCGGACGGGAAAUGGGCUGAUGGAGAUUGUAGCAAUUAUAUGACUUUUAUUUGCUAUGACGGAAGAAAUGUAACAGAAGGUUACAUCUGGGUUAACCAGUAUAUGUCCUGGGCAGAAGCGCAGCAUUACUGCAGGCAGCGUUACACAGACCUGGCCAGUGUGAGGAAUCAAGCAGACAAUAAAAAAUUCCUCAACCUCACAGGUGGUUCUUCUGCUUGGAUUGGCUUAUACAGGACCAGACUCUGGUCAGACCAGCACGAGUCUACCUAUGAAAACUGGAGACCAGCCAGCCCAUAUAUUCCAGAACAACCAGACAAUGGAUUAUAUGUUUUUUGGGAACAGGGCAAUCAGCAUUGCACAGCUGUAUCACUUGGAGAUUCUGGGCUGUGGACAGAUGAGGAUUGUUUAGCCACACUUCCUUUUAUCUGCUAUAACAAAUUCUGCACAGGAUCAUUAUGCACCCAUCAGUAUCACCUGGUUACUGAUAAUAAGACCUGGACUGAAGCCCAGACUUACUGCAGAGUGAAUUAUACUGACCUGGCCACCAUUACUAACAUGGAGGAUAUAGGAAGGCUGCUUGACACAGUACAUGCCACCUACUCUGGUUUAGCCUGGAUCGGACUGUAUGAUGAUCUGAACAGCUGGAAAUGGUCUCUGGAUGAUGAUCUUUUGUACAAGGAGAGAGAAAGAAGCUUUAGUAACUGGUAUAUAGGCAAACCGAUGCAUUGGUUUGGACAUAGUAUGUGUGUAUACUUUUCAGGUUUUGAUGCAACAUGGUGGGAAGCACCUUGUUAUUACAUGAUGCCAUUCAUUUGCUUUGAUGGAAGGAGAAAUGCUACUGAACGCUAUAUCUUUGUUCAUCAGUACUUGAGCUGGACUGAUGCUCAGAGGUAUUGCAAAGAAAUAUACACAGACCUGAUCAGCGUAAGGAACAAGGCUGAGAACGAUAGAAUAAGAUCAUUACUCCAUCAUUAUUAUUUGUACAAUGUAUGGAUCGGCCUAUACAGAACAUCGUACUGGUCAGAUAAGAGCAACUCCUCUUUUAGCAACUGGAAUCCAGGACAGCCUGAUAAUUCCGGACAGAACGAACACUGUACUGCUUUUCUUACUAAGUCUGGGACAUGGACGGAUGAAAUCUGUGGUAAAACCUUUCCGUUCUUCUGCUACAGAACAACAUCAUUCGUCCCUCAUGAGUACCACUUUAUUAAUAAAAAUAAGACCUGGACUGAAGCACAGAGAUACUGCAGAGAGAAUUACACUGAUCUGGCUACUACUGAUAACAUGGAGGACGUGAACACACUCCUUAACACAGUAAAUGGCAGCUACUUAGGUUUAGCCUGGAUUGGACUGUAUGGUGAUCUGGGCAGCUGGAGAUGGUCUUUAGAUGAUGAUACCUUCUAUAAGGAGGGUGAAAGAGACUUCAGAGGAUGGUAUCAGGAGCCAAAUAACUACAAUGGAAAAGAACUGUGUGUUUCCAUGCGCUACACAGGGGAAUGGUUUGAUCAGCAGUGUACACAGAUUUUGGGAUUUGUUUGCUAUAAUGGUACAAACAACGAGUAUGUGUGGGUUUAUCUGAGAAAGACUUGGCAAGAAGCUCAGAGUUUCUGUAGAGCUUAUCAUACAGACUUGGCCAGUGUGAGGAAUGAAACAGAACUUCGGAGUAUACUGAGCGUAAUGCAGGGCGACUACGCAGUAUGGAUAGGUCUGUAUAGGAGCCGACUGUGGUCAGAUCACAGCAACUCAACUUUUACAUACUGGAGACCAGAAAUUCAAGGAUACUAUAUAUCCGAACCGGAUAAUGGUUUGUAUGUCUAUGGCCUGCCUGGAAGCCAACAAUGCACAUCGAUGGAUUCUACUGGCAAAUGGACCGAUGAAAACUGCUUCGAAAUUUUCCCUUUCCUUUGCUACAGUGCUUUUAUAACAGGUGUUGUGAUAGGACUGCAAAUAAAAAUUAAAGUUCAAGGAAACAUGCAGGAAUCUCAGGUUAAAGAGUUGGUGUUGAUGCAAUUUCAACAAGAAUUUAUCAGACUAGGGAUGUCAAAGAACAUCAAAAUGAGAGUGAGAAACAUCCGUAAGAUCGGCCCAUGAAAGAGGGAAAUAUCAUUUAUUGCUUCCUUUAUUCUUUCCUUCAUUUAUUUCAUUUAUUCAUUUGGAACUGGGUGUGAA